AUGAAGUUGCUGAGGGUGGUCAGUUUCUCUUGCUACGGCUGUGUCUCCCUGGAGUGCCUCGGGCUGCACCUUGCCUCUGGGGGGGGGGUCUCCCCUGGCCCCUCCUCUGCCCACCGAGCACCCCCAGCCACAGCAGGUCCUCCGGGGGUCUUCGGUGGCUCCUGGUCUGACCCCUGCGAUCCUUUGAGGGCCGGGCUAGACCACCGAGCACACGAGCCUGCAGCAGCCCCCCCACAGCUGUGCGGUUUUGAAAAGAUGAUGGACCCCAGGUCCUGGAGCACCCUGGAUGCUGAGACAGCGGGUUGUCGGGGUCUGCCUGAAAUAACCUCUGGGCAUCACAGGGAGAAGCAUAGGAUGAAUUCAGGGUUCCCUCGGCGGGGGUUGGGGGGGCGCAGAAAACAGCCCUGA